GCCCAACUGCACGUGCAUUGCUCAAAUUGUUGCUCUCUCCGUGUGUUUACAUUUUUGCACAGCAAAACCAAACACAAAUUGUGGUUUUUAAAUUAAAUUGAAUAUCGCUAUUUUAUAUUAAUAAAUAAUUAAAAUUCGCGCACUAAUAUAAUAUGAGAAGAUGUUUGUCAACGAAGUGAAUGAUGUGAAAAUAUACAACUUGAGCGCCGGCAAAUCUGUGCCAGAAUGGCUUACAGAUCGCCGUAAGCGUUCGCAGUUAAUGAAGAAAGUCGAUUCGCGGCGACAAAUCGAGCUUAUACAAGAUUUUGAUAUGCCCGGAGUUUGUACGUCGAUACGCAUGAGUCCCGAUCAGCAAUAUAUAUUAGCCACAGGAACCUACAAGCCACGCGUUAAAUGCUUUGAAGUCUGUAAUUUGUCUAUAAAAUUUGAGCGUUGUUUUGAUUCUGAGGUGACAACAUUUGAGGCCAUCAGUGAUGAUUACAGUAAAUUGGUUUUUCUACAAUGUGAUAGAUUUGUUGAAGUUCAUUCUGCCUCCGGACGUCACUACCGUCUGCGUAUACCACGCUUUGGACGUGAUAUGAAAUAUCACAAACCAUCUUGCGAUCUCUUCGUUGUGGGAACAACGCGUGAUAUUUAUCGUUUGAACUUGGAGCGUGGCCAAUUUUUGCAACCAUACGAAACGGAAGCAAGUUGUAUUAACGCUUGCGAUAUUAACCCUGAGCAUCAAUUACUCUUAGUUGGUAGUAAAGAGGGUACCGUAGAAGCUUGGGAUCCACGCAGUAAAGCGCGUGUGGGUACUUUGGAUGUGGCGAUUAAAUUGCCAGGCACCAAAACGUUUCCUUCCGUAUCCGCACUGAAAUUUAAGAAUGGCUUGCAAAUGGGAGUGGGCACAGCUUCGGGACAUGUGUUACUUUAUGAUAUACGUUCACAAGCGCCAUUGCUGGUGAAGGAUCAUUUAAAUAAAGUGCCGGUAAAACGUAUAGCUUUUAAUCCCAGUCAUCAAACGGUCUAUUCACUGGACGAUGCUAUGCUAAAGUUGUGGGACGAAAAUACGGGCAAACAAGUGGCAUACAUUGAAGCGUCUACAUCUUUUAAUGAUUUUUGCACCAUUCCGGAGACAGGAAUGUUUUUCCUUGCACAAGAAGAUGUCAAAAUGCUCACGUACUAUGUGCCAUCAAUGGGUCCAGCGCCGCGUUGGUGUUCAUUCUUAGAUAACCUCACCGAGGAAAUAGAAUCAGAAGUGGUGGAGAAUAUGUACGAUGACUACCAGUUCAUAACACAAAAGGAAUUGGAAGAACUGGGUUUGGAGCACUUAAUUGGCAGUAAUCUAUUAAAGGGCUACAUGCAUGGCUACUUCAUCGAUGCCCGUUUGUACAAUAAGGCUAAAGCCGUCGCUGAUCCAUUUGCUUUUGAACGCUUCCGCAAAGAGAAGAUACGUAAAGAAAUUGAAAGUGAACGCAAGUCACGCCUACAGAUCAAAUCGAAUCUUCCAAAAGUCAAUCAAGAUCUGGCACUCAAGAUUAUGGAUGAACAAGCAAACAAUGCAAAAGCUGCCAAAACCACAAAUCUACUUGAGGAUUCACGUUUCAAGGCAAUGUUCGAAAAUCCAGAGUUUGCUAUUAACAAAGGCGCUGAAGAGUACAAAUUGCUGGCACCUGUUUUGAAUCGCCUGGAAAAAUCCAAGCUCAAGGAUAUUAAAAAACGCAUAGAAGUUGCGCGUGUUACUGAAUUGCAUGCUGAUGAGGCGAAACCGCAUGAGGAAAGUGACAACGAUGAGGAUCUGUUCGGCUUCGAGAAGAGUGACGAUGAUAACGAAAAAUCCUCUGGCGAAGAGUCUACAGAUGAUGAGGGUGUGCGCGAUUUCGCUAAGGAAAUGAAGAAGGCCUACAAAGAUGUGAAAAAGCAACGCGCCGAAGAGUACGAAGCGAUGGAAAAUGAAAACGAAGGCGAAGGCGAAGAAAACAGUGAUAAUGAGCAAAAAAUUAAAUUAUCUAAUGCCACUAACGCGGAAACGAGCAAUAGAAGAGGAAAUAGCGUCAAAAUGACCGCUUUGGAAGACAACAAUCUAAAACUCAGCGAAAUGCGUUCUAAAAUUAUGAAAAUAAGUCUAAAGGAUCGUGUAAGAUUUAAUGAAGCUACCAGUGCCAACGUGACCACUAUUGGACGUUCGCUGGGUAACCGACAGAUGACAUUUGACUUGAAGAAGAAACCGACAAAGGAUGAAAAGAAGCGUGAAUAUUUAAUGAAAAAACAUCGCGAAGAAAGGAAACAGGUCAUACGACCGAUAAAUGCGCUGAAACUUAAAAAAGUGAAUUUUAAGUAGAACUUACGAUGUUUGUAUAUUAAUUGUUUACAUUUUUAUAAUGUAAAUUGGACCGUGUUUUUGUAAAUAAAAAUAUAAUACAUUGAAUAA